GCCGAGACACUUUUCAUUUUAUAGAGAAAUGUUUAAUCUACUCAAUUAUCUAGUUGUAAUUUUAGAUUAUUUUCUAACUUUAUUGCCAUAGUUCUUUGAAAAAGAGCGAAAAAGGAGACCGUUAGCUGGACAAGCCGUACAGUCAGAUCUGGCCCAGCGUUUUACGAACAGCCUCUUGUGUAUAAUUAAGACAUGCCGAAAAAUUUGUUGAUCAAAAGACUUAGUACCCGUUUAUAAUAUUGUUCUAUUCUAGAAUAUUGAAAAUUUUAUUAGCCGAUCUAAUUGAAAAACAAUUGCCACAAGAUCGUAAUAAUUCAAAAAUGUUAUUGAGAAGCAAUGAGUCGGUUGCAGAAAAAAUGUUAACAAAUUGGUUUGCAUUCUUUUUAUAUCAUUAUAUACGUAAUCAUGCCGGAACUCCAUUGUACAUUUUAUUUCAAUCUAUUAAGCAACAAAUUCACAAAGGCCCUGUUGAUGUAGUGACAAGUGAAUCGAGAUAUUCGCUGAGUGAAGACAAACUUAUUCGUCAACAUGUUGACUAUAACUCUUACACAAUAUUUGUAUCCGAAUUCGAUGAUAAACCAGUACCUGUGAAAGUUCUUAGCUGUGAUACUAUAACACAAGUGAAAGAAAAAAUAUUAGAUACAUUUUAUAAAGGUAUACCAUAUUCUAAAAGGCCAAAAGUCGACAAUUAUGAAUUAGGUAAAAUUAUUUGUAUCAAAACGUUGAUUAAGAAAUCGAAAGAACUAGUUCUAAAUUUUAGAGUUACGAAGUGGUUCAUAUAG